AUGCUGAUCGGUCACAUUACAUCUAGCCAGCCAGCAUGGAUAUACAUCUUCCUAAUAUUCGGUGCAAUAAGCCUAGCCUGGGGCAUCCUCUUCCUAGCCUUCAUGCCGGACCUCCCCUCCACCGCGCGGUUCCUCAACGAGAGGGAGAGGAUCGUUGCCGUGGAGCGGGUGGCUACAAACAGACAGGGCGUAAAGAACCACCACUUUAAGGCCUAUCAGAUGUGGCAGUGUCUCCGAGAUCCUAAGACGUGGAUCCUGUUCGUCAUGUCUAUCGGCGCGCAGAUACCGAGCGCGGCCCAUUAUAGCUUUAUGUCAAUCGUGAGCGGCAACGUGGCCGGGUACACGAAGAAGCAGCUCACGGGCGCUUUUGUCUACGUGGGGUGUUACAUUGGGAAUAUUAUAGGGCCGCAGACCUUCAUCGAGACGGAGGCACCGUUCUAUACCUCGGCCUACAUCGCCAUUCUCAUCGGGUACUCAGUCGAGACGUUGAUGGUUAUCGUACUGUACCUAUAUAUGUGGUCUGUAAAUAGGAAACGGGACCGGGAAGCUGCUGUAUAUGGCUCGGGGUUAUCGGCAGAGCGAGAGAAAGAAGCGAUUGAGCGAGGCAUGCAGGAUGUUACUGAAUUGGACAAGAAGGGCUUUAGAUACGUUCUUUAG